CUUGCAUUAGCAAACCAAAAAUUUCCCGCAUUACCAAUUUACCAUCCCCCCGCCCCCUUCUUCUUUGACCGUAAAAGAAAAGUCAAAGUGAAUUAAUUACAUGUGCUAUCACUUACUGCUCGUUAGUUGAUACUUCCUCCUCACAACAAGUUUUCGAUUUCAAUCCGAGUUUGCAAUUCACUUUCAGAAAUCAAUUCAAAACUUCCCCCGUUGAUUUCGUUUCUUUCCCGGAUUUUUUUUCGAAAUUUGGUUACAAUCCCAGAAAAAAGAAUCAAUAAUUUCAAAGAAAAAGAUUCAUAACUGCAAAAUCAAGGUCACCAUCUUCAACAUUCUUCAUCACCAUAUCUUUCUCAUCAAUUCCCCAGAUCUUCGACAUUUCCCACAAUUGAAUUAAGGAGAGAGAGAAAGAAACCGAGAGGGGCUAUAAAUGACAGUGGCAUUGCUUGAUCAAACAACAAUUUACGCCAGUUUUAGGGUUUCUAUUCAAAUUGAAGAGAAGAAAGAAGAAAAAGAAGAAAUAGAAGAAGAAGGUGUUUGGAUUCACCCAUGUCUAGGAUGAAAAACAUCUCUAGCCCGACCCCACCAAACCCAUGUCCUCACCUUGCCGAUUUUAAAUCCAAACACGGCCCUACUCCUUUCAUGGGUUUACAGCACUGCAUUCAGACCAGGCCAAUGGGGCGGGCCUCGAUUUUUCGGGCUGAGAAUGAACUCCCUCGGUGUUCUUCCUGUCCCACAACUCGCCGGCAACGUCUCUACGCUUGUGUCACGUGCGCCGUCGUGAGCUGCCAUGUCCACGCCCGGUCCCACUCGCAUGCCAUCGCUGUCGACGUGGAUCGUGCUGAGUUGUUCUGCUGUCGUUGUGGCGACCAGGUGUACGACUCCGAUUUCGAUGCGGCGGUCCUUGCGGCCUCCCUGCCACCUUUGGGUGAAUUUCAGUCUCUCCCCCCUCCCCCUCCGCUGCUUCCAUGGAAGCGGCGAAGGGUGGAGUAUCGCUCGUGGGAGCCGAGCGCUACAGAACGGCAGCUAAUAGGGGAGAACUCCACUCCCCUGUCCGCUGUGUCUGCUCAACCCCCUCAGGCCGAGCCAGGAACAAUGCAGGGUGGUGAUCCAGGCUCGGCGCCUUGUCCGGGUUUGGGGCUGCCAUUGGGGCUGAAAGGGUUGAACAAUUUGGGUAGUACUUGUUUUAUGAACUCGGUGUUGCAGGCAUUGGUGCAUACACCCCCAUUUAGGAAUUAUUUCCUUAGUGAUAGGCAUAAUAGGUACUUUUGUCAGAAAAGGAGGAAUGGGAAUGGUUUGAGGAAGGGGAGGAAAGCGAGUAGUGAAAAUGGGAAUGAGGAUUGGAAGAUGAAUUUGUGUUUAGCUUGUGAUAUGGAUGCUUUGUUUUCUGCUGCUUUUUCCGGUGACCGGUCUCCGUUUAGUCCCGCCAAGUUGCUCUACAGUUGGUGGCAACAUGCUGCGAAUUUGGCAACAUAUGAGCAGCAGGAUGCACAUGAGUUUUUCAUUUCUAUGCUUGACGGGAUUCAUGAAAAAGUUAAGGACAGGAGCAAGAUGCAAAGUCAAGGUGGAGACUGUUGUAUUGCGCAUAGAGUGUUCUCGGGCAUCCUAAGAUCUGAUGUCAUGUGUAUGGUGUGUGGUUUCACUUCUACGACCUACGACCCUUGCGUUGAUAUUUCAUUGGACCUGGAACCUAACUACCUUCCAAAGGUGAGGCCACAAAAGUCUAAAAAAUCUUCCAAUAGCGAAACAGAUACUAUAGAUCUCAAUCUCAACAGUAGAACAUCAAGCCUCACCAGAUGUUUGGAUCGCUUCACAAGACCCGAAAAACUUGGGGCAGACCAAAAGUUUUUCUGUCAACAGUGUCAGGAGAGACAAGAGUCUCUGAAGCAGAUGUCAAUCCGGAAGCUUCCUCUAGUAUCGUGCUUCCAUAUAAAAAGGUUUGAGCAUUCAUCACUGCGGAAUACAGCUUCAAAACUUGACCGCUAUCUUCAGUUUCCGUUUUCCCUUGACAUGUCACCAUAUCUGUCUUCUUCUAUCUUGAGGAGUAGAUUUGGGAACCGAAUAAGCUCUUUUAAAGAGGAACACCAAGAUGUUUACGAUGAGUUAUCAUCCGAGUUUGAGCUAUUUGCUGUCAUUACUCAUACAGGCAAACUAAAUGCUGGUCAUUAUGUGACAUAUCUGAGAUUAAGUAAUCAGUGGUACAAGUGUGAUGACGCUUGGAUCACCCAAGUGAGCGAGAGCAUUGUUAGGGCUGCUCAGGGAUACAUGAUAUUCUACGUACAAAAGACAUUCUAUUACAAGGCCAGUCAAACACCGUUGCCCUCAUGUUAGGAAUUGCAGUGUGAAUUGGUUAUGCAGAGAGGAUCCUCAUUUUGGUUUAUGAUAGAUGACGCUCAUGAAAGGCCUUUCUCGCGCUCUUUUGGCUGAAAUAACGGCUCCAGAAACUCACCUCUUUAACUGUUAGUUAACUAUUCUUUGCUGGGUUUUCCCUGCACUUUCAGGUUUUUUUGGUUGAUCUAUGUAAUAUUCCUCUGUGGGUCA